AUGACUGAUGAACUAUUGCCAGAGACCCCAGCCGCCUUCCUUCUACACAAAACAACCAUGCCAACGCAGGCAUAUAUCAGAUCCUUUAUCCCCAGACUACUCAAUGCGGCCAAGGUGACCAUCCCCAUCUUCUGGAAGCAGACCACCACACCCCCACUGAGACGCUGGGUGGAAGAAGUGGAAACGACACGGAAGUUCGAAGACAUGAAAGCAAACACCCCGAGGAAAAGGGACCGCUACAUACAACGCUGGUUCCACUGGCUACACCACACCACAUCAGACCCCUUCCAAUGCUGCCUCACACCAAACUCUCCCAAGAUGAAUGAAAGAGAAUGA